AUGGCCAUGGCUGAGAAGGGGUCGGCAGCGAGGAAGGCCGGGCUGAUCACCAAGACGCUGGACCGGUGCCGUAGCACCACAACGAGGAACAAGCCAGCGGAGGGAUGCUUCUCGGUGUACGUCGGCGCAGACAAACAACGGUACGUGGUGCGGACGGAGUGCCUGAACCACCCGUUGUUCCAGGCGCUGCUGGAGGAGGCCGAGGAGGCAUUUGGGUACGCAGAUGCAGGGCCCCUCGAGCUGCCCUGCAACACCGAGGCAUUCACCAAGGUGCUGGAGAAGAUCGAGAAGGAGAAGCAGAUGGCUGUGGGGAGGAGGCACGGCCUCCCUAGGGGGAACUCCUAUCAGUUACUUGGCACUGGCUGGCCUAUGAUUGUCGGCCGGUCGUAACAUUUGUGUUUGGAUUGGAUGAUGCCGAGUUGAUGAGCUCUGAGUUUCUGUUGAGCUCCUAUUCUCAUAUAAUCAUGUACGCAGUUGAAAGCAACCUUAGCUCCCAAGUAUGGUAAACAACAUCACCAUAGA